AUGAUCCGUGGAAAGAAAGCUGAACAGGACUCUCCUACUUUCAGUGACCUAAGUUCCGGAUCUGUCAGCAGUCAAAUCACAUAUCGCGAGCCAGGCCGAUCAGCAGGUCAAGUGGACAAUUCACUUGCCCCCCCACAACAGACUGCAGCGACCAUAUGCUGUGCCUCUGGCCUCGUAACACCUUCAAAUUUAGAGCAUACUCGGCAUCGAACCACCUCUGACCAGUUGAUUAGUGGCCCUGGUCAUGUGGUCCAGACCAAUAAAGAGGGUCAAGCGAAAUCGUCAUGGCAACGUUAUCAGUUCUAUCCCACUUUUUCUGAUCCUGGUUGCCGACUGCCGAGACGGGCUGGAAUAGAUGUCAGUGGCCGAUGCUUUGCUCGACAAACGGCUGCUACAGAAGUGGGAUUUCUGUGGUCCUGGAACCAUAUGCUGCCGAAGCGCUGGUGUGGCCAAGUAACCGAUGACGACGAAUGCUUGGACCACAUGUUGGCUGACUUUCGCCGUUUCUGUUCUGCAGGUGUCAAUAACGAGACAUGCCCUUGCCUGAGCUCAAGUAAGACCAACGACGCUGAGGACCGACGUUUAGCUGACUUUUUGGAUGCAUUUAUGGUCAGCCCGAUGGCUAGAAUUAAUCUGCCCUAG